CCGCGUCGUCCGAAGUCAGCGCCCGCCCCCGACUGACAUGGCGGAGGGAUCCACCGGCUCCCCCGCUCGCGGGCAGAGCUCGGCGCCGCCGCCGCCGUCCGGCGGGCUCUCCACCGGGUUCAUCGUCGUCGCCGUCCUGCUCGCCUUCGCCGGCGCGGACGUGUUCGCCACGUUCAAGGGGGCCGAGCAGCACACCGACGCCGUCACCUCCGCCCCCGUCGACCCCCACUCGCUCGGCGGCAAGUACAGGGGCGGCUUUGCGCACGUCCGGAACGCCAUCUCGCAACGCUUCCCGGAGUGCCAAGUCGUCGGAUCCAACUACCCGCCGUCCCCCGUCGCGGUCGUGGGCGCCAAGCUCGUCAACGUCGCCACGUGGACCACCCUCGCGUUGACGCACGCGGGCGACUCCAUGGUUCGAGCGUUCGGGCUGGCGCAAGCGCCCGACUUUGUGACCAACCUGCAGGCGAACAAGAUGGGGAGCACGAUGGGCGCGUGGUUCCUGGGUAACACCCUGUCGCAGAACAUGCUCAACACCGGCGCGUUCGAGGUGUACUACGACGGCGAGACGAUCUUCUCCAAGAUUCGCUCGGGCCGCCUGCCGUCGAUGCCGGAGAUCAUGACCGGGCUGGAGGAAGCCAUCGACCGGCGAAGGGAACUGGAGUCCGCACCCGCCGCCGCCGAGCUGCCCGUCCCCUAAGCGACCGUCGCGUGCGUCGUCUGCGUCGCCCCCGAUUUAUUAUACUUAGCCCGAGACCGACGAACCGCGCGCGGGUUCUCCGCGUCGAGCCGCGCGUCCCGCCCCCCCCACCCGUGACGGCUGCGCUCCAAAGCUUUGAGGAGCGCGGGCCCGAUUUUUUGUGCGGGGGCGAUGCACCGCGGGUUCUACGCGUCGAGCCGCGACGCGUCUCGUCACUCCACGUAAGAUUAGGCGUAUCAAUUCAAUAUAUUCAAUAGCG